UCACCGUACACUCUGCAUCCUAGACUAGCCUGAACAGGUUGCUAUUGUUGCAGCAUUGCUGGUAUUCGGAUAGGCUGGUCUGUUUCGCUUUCACAAUGGCAACCACUGGUACAGCAAGUGCCAUGGACAAGGAAGUGCACCGGUACCGUGAUGACCCAGUGUUCAGUCUAGCUGGAGCCAUACCGCCAAACUACGUUCCUUGCGAGUUUUCGGUGGACAAAUGCAAAACACCUCAAAUAGUACCUUGUGGACACAAAGGUCUAGUACAAUUUGGACAACCUCCUGGCUAUCCUGAAGUCACCUCCUACCAUCAGUCCACAUCUGCAAGUGCACAUCGUUUUGAAGCUGCCGACCAGCCUGACUUGGGUACUGAAGAAUCAACGACUAUAGUAUUUGCUCAAGAUGGAUGGAAAGUAAAACGUAAUAAAGUUUGCAUCCAAGCAGACGUUCAGCUGAUCUGCGGUAGCAAUCUAGAUCACACUAAAUGGAGCGACAAUUUUGUUUUCGCGUUCUUUCAAACGCUGGAAUAUUCAUCAACCUGCUUGACGUAUAGAGAUCCUGACAACAAGGAUAACACUAUGUCUAUUGCCAAAAAAUAUGAACCUCACCACUUUCCAAUAUUGGAUGUCAAUACAUUUCUUGGACAAAAAUCUGUGGGUCGUAACUGUAGACCCUGGGCUCCAUAUUUCUCAACAGUUUCUAAGGUCAACUUAAAAGGAAUGGUAGGAAUGGUAGAAAAAGAGAAUGAAGCAAAAGCAAAAGCAAAUAGAAUAAUUAAGAAGCCACCAACUAUUCAAGCAGUGUCUGCAUUAAUCAGCAUGGGAGACACUCCAUCUGUUGUUGUACCUCAAUCAAUGACUUGUGAACGAAAUUCUCUCUCUCCUCCAUCACUCAGAGAUGGGAAUUUGUGUGCUGCUACAGAAAAGAAUCUCUUUGUCUUCAGUUCAGUUCAACAUCAUGAACGAUAUCGUUCUUGGAUAGCAGUACAUGAUAAAACAUUAGGCACAGUGUGGCCAUUGACCAUGUUUGAAUGGUGCUUUGACGUCAGUGCAUAUGCUGAUGGAAGUAAGAUGGUGUUUGAUAGUGACACUCCCAUCGAGCCAGCAAUGCCUGAAAUGUACAGUAUAAGUACCAGUUCCUUGGAGUUUCCACAAGAAGUUCUACAGAAGGACAGUGAUGGAUAUUACGUUGUGGCUAAUGAUUAUAAUGGACAUUGGUCUGAAGUCUAUGUAUAACAUCUUACUUGACUUGACUUCUUUUGUUCAUGUCUAGAUUAACUUAAGGAAACACUGAAUUGCAAUCAGUUCUAAUUAAUUAAUUGCUUAUUCUAUUACUGUAAGUACACACGCGUUUCAGCUUGUGUAGUCUCAAUUAGAUUGAAUCUAGAGUCAAGA